UAUGGCCGAAACAGAUAUACAAAAUGAUACUGUAGAAGUAAAAUUUAAACCUAAAAGGCCCAAGAGUUUGCGGCAACGUAUAAAAGACGACGAAUCUGAUGACGAAGAACACAUCUUGGCGAAGUUGGAAGAAGCUAAAGAGAUUCAGAAACUACGGGAAAGGCCUAAUGGCGUGAGUGUGGUUGCUUUAGCUACAGGUAAAAAAGCUGCAGUUGAGGAGGAUAUGACCUUCAAGGAUCCAUUUAAAGUGAAGGCUGGUGGUAUGGUUAAUAUGCAGGCUUUGAAAAGUGGUAAAGUCAAACAGGUCGAUGACGCCUAUGAUACUGGUAUUGGUACGCAAUUCUCGGCUGAAACGAACAAGAGGGAUGAAGAUGAAGAAAUGAUGAAGUACAUUGAGGAGCAGCUGGUUAAACGAAAAGAGGGACACAAUAAAACCCAGAAGGACUUAGAUCAAAAUGAAUCUUUAAAGUAUUUGUCACCUGAAGAAGCAGCAUUGCUAUCUUUGCCAGAACAUUUAAGAGUUACUUCAACACACAGAUCGGAGGAAAUGUUGUCAAACCAAAUGUUAAGUGGCAUUCCUGAAGUAGAUUUAGGUAUUGAUGCUAAAAUAAAAAAUAUAGAAGCUACAGAAGAAGCUAAAAUGAAAUUAUUAUGGGAGAGACAUAACAAAAAGGAUGGGCCAUCGCAGUUUGUUCCUACAAACAUGGCUGUUAACUUUGUACAACACAAUAGAUUUAAUAUAGAUAAUGAUAGUUCUAAGAAAAGGAAGAAAGAAAAACCAGAAGUUAUAAAGACUGAAACAAAUGUAAUAGAUGAUAAUGUAGAUAAAAUAGUGAAAAAGGCUAAAGGGGAGAGAGCUACUGAUGAUUACCAUUAUGAAAGAUUUAAAAAGCAAUUUAGAAGAUAUUAAAUAAAGAUAUUAAAUUAACGACGAUUUUAUUGAAAUAACUAAACAACAUUUAAUAGUUUUUCUAUUACUUUCACUCUCUUAUAUAAAAUUAAAUUACAAACUUAAAUAAAACAGCGUAAUUUGGAUACAAAAUUUAAUUGCU